AUGGAUACUACAAAAGCCAAAUUGCCAAAUUGGGGUAUUUUUGAUGAAGUGGAUCCUUUGCCGGAAGGAUUCCGGCAGAGGACCGCGGAGAAAGGAGUGGUGCACAUUGGAUGGGCACCACAGAAGGAGAUUCUGGCACAUCCUUCAAUUGGGGGAAGUCUGGUUCAAGGUGGGUGGGGUUCCGUAACAGAGAGUUUGCAGUACGGGCAUGUUGUUGUUGUUCUGGCGUUUGUGUAUGAUCAAGGGUUUAAUGGGAGAUUUCUGAUGGAAAAGGGAUUGGGAAUUGAAGUGGAGAGAAAUGAAGAAGACGGAUCGUUUACGAGAAAUGAGAUAGAGAAAGCGUUGAAGUAUGCUAUGGUUUCGAAGGAAGGUGAAGAGCUGAGAGUUCGAACCAAAGAAGCUGCAGCCAUUUUUGGAGAUCAAAAGCUUCAUGAUUCAUACGUUGCUAGUUUCGUUGAGUAUCUGAAGAAUAAUAGAGAAGAAAUAUCUACUGAUUAA